GCAGGCUAACUGGAGAAAGAAAGCUAACUAACCGUGCAGAGUGGAAGUGGAAGCUAACGUGAAAGGAGAAGGCAACUGUCAAAACAGCAAAAGGGAACAAAUACAUUUCAGUGAGGUGGUGUUCCCGGUAGACGGCCACGCCAACAUACUUUUGUCGCCAAGUUAAUUCAGGGACCGUGUUUGCCAGAUGCCCGGGGAGCAUUUUUGGAUACUACACCGAUUGUCCCAUUUCCAAACGGAAACCAUUUCUGGAAAGACAGUUCGUGCUAGCUAGCUACGUGCUGCAUCCAGGAGACGGUCCAUUGUCACCUAAACAUCUCAAACUGAAUGUUGUGUCUGUCAUGAGUCCGGCCGGGUGCUCCCAUGUGAACGGUUAUAAGGUGGAUAAUUGGAAACAAAAUCUUCGGGUCAUAUACCAAUGCUUUGUUUGGAGUGGCACUGCUGAGACCAGGAGACGCAAGGUGCGUCAGAGUGAUGCAGGAUGGACGGAGCUGGCCAAGUCGUGUAUCUGUCACAUGUGUGGCGCCCACCUGAACCGACUCCACUCUUGUCUCUACUGUGUCUUUUUCGGCUGUUUUACAAAGAAACACAUCCAUGAGCACGCAAAGAACAAGAGACACAAUCUAGCGAUAGACUUAUUAUACGGUGGAAUAUAUUGUUUUGUGUGUCAAGACUACAUAUACGACAAAGACAUGGAACAGAUUGCCAAAGAGGAACAGAGGAAAGCGUGGAAAUUGCAAGGCAUCGGGGAGAAAUACACAACAUGGGAGCCGACCAAGAGGGAGCUAGAACUAUUACGACACAAUCCAAAGCGGAGGAAAAUCACUACGAACUGUACCAUAGGUUUACGAGGGUUAAUAAACCUGGGCAACACAUGUUUCAUGAACUGUAUUGUUCAGGCCCUAACACACACGCCGCUGCUGCGAGACUUCUUCCUCUCCGACAGACACAAGUGCGAGAUGCAAUCAAACUCCUGUCUGGUGUGUGAGAUGUCGCAGCUCUUUCAGGAGUUCUACUCGGGCCACCGUUCGCCCCACAUUCCCUUCCGGCUGCUGCACCUGGUGUGGACUCACGCACGUCACCUCGCAGGCUACGAGCAGCAAGACGCCCACGAGUUCCUCAUCGCAGCGCUGGACGUUCUACACAGGCACUGCAAAGGGGACACUAUCCGAGACGACAAUGGGAAGAAGGCCAACAACCCCAACCACUGUAACUGCAUCAUUGACCAAAUCUUCACUGGUGGCCUGCAAUCGGAUGUUACUUGUCAAGUUUGCCAUGGUGUGUCCACGACGAUAGAUCCAUUCUGGGACAUUAGCCUGGACCUGCCCGGCUCAUCCACGCCUUUCUGGCCCCUCAGUCCGGGAGGGGAUGGCAGCACAGUCAAUGGAGAGAGCCACCUCACAGGGUCCACCACACUCACAGACUGCCUACGCAGAUUUACGCGGCCUGAACAUCUAGGAAGCAGUGCCAAAAUCAAGUGUGGCGGUUGCCAUAGUUACCAGGAAUCCACCAAACAGCUGACGAUGAAGAAGCUCCCCAUCGUAGCGUGUUUCCAUCUCAAACGGUUUGAGCACUCUGCUAAACUGCGGAGGAAGAUCACUACAUACGUUUCCUUCCCUCUAGAGUUGGAUAUGACGCCUUUCAUGGCAUCAAGUAAAGAGAGCAGAAUGAACGGGCAGUAUCAGCAGACGGUUGAUGUAUUAAACAACGACAAUAAGUAUUCCUUGUUUGCGGUGGUCAACCACCAAGGCACAUUAGAGAGUGGCCACUACACCAGCUUCAUCCGCCAGCACAAGGACCAGUGGUUCAAAUGUGAUGAUGCCAUAAUCACCAAGGCCAGCAUUAAGGAUGUACUCGACAGCGAAGGGUACCUCUUAUUCUACCAUAAGCAGUUCCUGGAGUACGAGUAGUGUCUGUGACCACCGACCGUGAAGAACCACUGCUUCUGAUGAGAGAGAGCCAAGGGACUGGGGACAGGAUGAAACACAAACACACAAACCUACCUGAAACUCUUUUGACUACCAGUCUGCUCUUCCAGCUCUGGAGGACAAAAACAACAACAACAACCACAAAAAAAGACGUGUGAACUCAUGCAACCUUUCAACAGAAAAACAAAAACAAGCACUGAGCUACUUCUUGGCAUCUACUUGACAAAAUAAAACUGAAUGAGAGGGAGGAAGAGUUGGGCGUUGUCGGUUCCAAGGCUCGGGGAGAGGGGAGAGGCCCCACACCCCUCACGCUCUCUCCACCUUCCCCUUCCUGCUGCAGGGGCAAACUCUGAGUACGACUGACUGUCAUGUUGAUUGGGCACAUCCGGAUUUUUCUUACAGUAUUCUGACCCCAACCACACACGAUAGACACACACGUGCGCGCGCACAAAAACAUACAAACACACAAACUCCAUUUCUCUCCCAUGGUGCUCUCGUUUCAACUGACCAAGCGUUUAACUUAGUCACGAUGGAAGACUCGUUGUCAUAUGCACUUGGGACUGAACGCAAAAAAAAAAAAAAAAGACUAGAAAACGAAAUCAAUGUAUUAUGAACUUUGCAAGAACAUUUUCAAAGGUAUGGUUAUGAUUCUUAUCAUUUGUGAAAUUAGUUAUGAAAUACUGUACGAAUCUAGUAAACAUCUAUUUUGAAGAGCAAAGAAAUCGUGGGAGAGACGCUGCCUCUGCCAGUUGCUGGGGAAGCGCUGCCAUGGAAACUAAACCGAUUUGGACCUGUGUGUGCUCAUGUUCCAUUAUUUACUGUGUUGAUUGUUUUUAUUUUUAAGUCUGGUUGAGGGCAGGGAAUAUCUAUUUUUUUAGCAACUCAUUGAAUUCUUUUUUGUUUACUGUUAUUUUCACUGUUUGUUUUUUUUUAAUAAUUUUCAGUACGGUCGUAUGUCCCUCGCUGUCCUGGUACUGGAAAUUCAUUUUGGACGUAUUAUACUUUCAUUCUUGUGGAAUUGUUGGUAUAAUGAUGGUGAUGAUUAAAAUUGGCUCAUCUUUGCUGUUAAUGAAUUGUACGUUGAAUGUGAGCUUUGGGUUUCGUGCGGCAUUCUGAAGAGGAGACACACACAUGCGACACGUGAGCACCUAGACGAACUCCCUUUACUACGCGACCGGGCUGUGGUCUCUCAUCCCAAACAUCUUUUUGAAUGGUCUGUGCAACAAAAGCCCUUUUAACAACACUGCAUGCCACCGGGCUUUCCUGAACAUGUGAAGAAUUGCCCUCAGUAACGCCUCGAGCAUCAAGCUGCCCAAUCACGAUUUCUUGCUCUGUCGUCUGUGGUCGGGAAGGCAAGUAUAUGAGAUAAUAUCUGGUUUGGGAUGGGGGGGGGGGGGCGGGGGCUAAAAACACAUUGCACGUAUAUGGGCACUGUGCAGCCACAGCUCAGCUCUGAAUCCAUCAGUGUUAAUCUUCUCCAUGGCAACUGUGCGGCUGGUGUCGACCGGUGUGGCUUGUGGUGUGUCUUGCCUCCGCAGUGCAGUAAACCCAGUGCUCUAUUCAAUCAGUAUGCUGUCAAGUCAGACUUUAGGUAAUGCACAUAAACAUCAGGGUGUUGUGGUAUGUUUAUGUUUGAAUAUCACUGAUUGUGUAUGUAUUAUAAAAAAAUAAAAAAAAUGAUGAUUUUUUCA